ACCAGAAGUCUGCUAGAGUCAAGUUUUAAAAGAGUGAAAAAACGUCUCAGUAUCAGAGAGAGUUGGGUGACAAGAGUGACCUAGAGCAUAGAAUUACAUUUCAUCUUUUUCCAGAUUGUGUGAAUUCUGGUUCUUAUCCAUGAUGAAGGUUUUGAUCGGCUUGUUUGUUGUGGUGUUAGUGGAUGUGGUCGCUUCACAAUGUCCUAAUUGUGACACCAUGAAAUGGGCCAAAUGUGAUGGAACACCAUGCCAGUGCAAUCUUCAGUUUUCUCCUUCAUACUGGCAAAAGAUUGAUUGUACAAAAUUGAUUCCCAAGUGCUUCCUCAUGAAAGCAGAGAUGUAUCGUGCCAGGAAAAACAUGAGCACAAGAUCCAUUGGUGGGAAACCUGUAGAAAGUGCCUUUGUGGACAAUGAUGGCUUCUAUGACCCAGAGUGUGAGAGCAAUGGAAAGUUCAAGGCAAUCCAGUGUAACGGCACUGAAGUGUGCUGGUGUGUGAACAGUGCUGGUGUGCGCAGAAGUGACAAGAGAGACAAGAACAUCAAGUGUGAUCCUGUGGAGACCUAUUGGGUUCGCCUGGAGCUGAAGCAUAAAGAUGGUCCUGUUGCUCUUGAUGCUACCAAACUGAAGAUUGGGAUUGAGAAUGCUUUGCUGGAACGUUACAAGUUGGAUAAGAAAUUUGUGUCUGAGGUUCAGUACGACAAAGAUGGUCGUCUCAUUGUUGUGGAUGUCAAAAAGGAAAAGGGGGAACGUGUUCCAGACCUGUCCCUCAUGACUUACUACAUGGAGAAGGAUAUCAAAAUUACACCCCUCUUUUAUGAUGACCGUAAACCAUUUGAAGUCAGUGUUGAGGGAACAAAGGUGUCCAUGGAGAACAUCCUGGUGUACUAUGUAGAUGAAGUGGCGCCCACCUUCACCAUGCAGAAGCUGACUGGUGGCAUCAUUGCUGUCAUUGUGGUGGUCAGCUUGAUUGUGAUUGCAGGACUUAUGGUUCUGUUCUUCCUCGCACGGAGACUGAAGGCCCAGUAAAGUAAAACACAAGCCAGAGAGAUGGAGAGCAUGUCUUAAAGCUAUUAAUAAUGACAUACUUGAGAUUGGAAUUCUCAAUUUGUCAAUCAGAAUUUAUGGAAUGAAAUUUGAACAGAUUGAAUGGAAGCAUUAAUAUAUGAAUGGGACUCUGAAUAUAUGGAUUGAAAGUCUGAAUAUAUAGAAUGACAGUUUGAAUGUAUGGAAUAAAAGUCUGAAUAUAUGGAAUGGAAUUUUGAAUAUGUGAAAUGAAACUUGAAUUUGAAUUAAAGACUGAAUAUAUAGAAGGAAACUUGAAUGAUAAUAAAUGAAAGUCUGAAAAUAUGGAAUGGAAUUUUGAAUAUAUUGACAAAGUUUGAA